AUGAGCUUGCUGCAGCCGUUUGGGAAGGUCCCGGCGUUACAAGACGGCGAUCUGGUCCUCUUCGAGGCCCGUGCGAUCGCGAAGUACGUGCUCCGCAAGUACAAGACGGAGCAGGCGGACCUGCUGAGGGAGGGCGACCCGGAGGAGGCCGUCAUGGUGGACGUGUGGACGGAGGUGGAGGCGCACCAGUACCACCAGGCCCUGCGGCUCAUCAUGCUCGAGUGCUUCCUCAACCCCACCCUGCGCGGCCUCCCCACGAACCAGGAGGUCGUCUACGAGGCCGUGGAGAAGACGAAGAAGGUUCUUGAAAUCUACGAGGCGCGCCUGUCCGAGCACAGGUACCUCGCCGGAGACUUCUUCAGCUUCGCGGACCUCAACCACUUCGCGAGCACUUUCUACAUCGUCGACGCGACGCCGUAUGGGUCGCUUCUCGACUCGUACCCUCGCGUGAAGGCCUGGUGGGAGGACCUCAUGUCCAGGCCCGGUUUAGUUGCGCCCGGUUUCGAAUCAUCCUCACUGGUGUGA